AUGUCGCAGACGCCCGUAAAGGUUCCCGCGUCGGCGGCCGCAUACACGCCCGCUACGCAGGACCAAGACCUGCGGUCGCAAAUCAACGCGCUUCUCAUACGGGAAGGCCACAUAAACAAAAUCCAAGAGCACUUCCUGCACUCUCUCAACGCGCACCCCUCCAACUGGCCCUCGGCCGUACAGUCGCACGCGCUGGCGCUCCUGCGCAGCGGCGACGUGACGACGUUUCCCGCGCUAGUCCGACGGGUUCUCGAGGACGUGCGGCACGACACCGCCGCGGCUAGCGACGGCACCACCAACUCCAACAACAACAGCACUACUACCAACGGAAGCAGCAAGACCAACGGCGCAAGCAACAACAACAACACCACCACCACCACCACUACCGACGGCAGCCUAGCCGUGCCCCAAGCCGUCGUCGACGCCGUCCUCAAAGUCGCGCGCGAGUGCCUCGACACCGUGUGCGAAGUCGACGACGGGUCGACGCCCGGCUAG